AUGAAAGAGAAAAGUGGAGAGAGAAAUGUAGGUUUAAACCCAGAGAAGGCAGAAAUGCCGGCCAACCGGAGGCGUCAUUGUUUUAGGAGAACAAGACUUUUCUGUGCCUUUCACUGAGUAACCAUAGCAACAGGUAAACAAAAAAACAAGUUUUAAUGCAGAGGAGAGAAAAUGUCUGAGCAAGAAAAAGAGGGAGCAGAGGAGGAGAACAAGGUGGUUUUCAUAGAGGAGGAGGCUGCCGGACAAAUACCUGUGUCAACAUGUGUCAGUGCACCAGAUACGGUGGACGAGUAUCUGAGAAACUUCCUGCGUAAGGUUGGUCUCACUCGGACCUUGAAGAGCUUUGACUCGGAGUGGUACAGUGCCGCACUACAAACUGUCAGAGAAGAGCUGAAGACAGAGGCACCAGCGACAGGCGCCUUCAUCUCUGGAGCUCCCUGCAGGAGGUCCUGUCUCCUGGACAAACUGGAGAAGGUCCAGAGAGAGACCAACCAACUGCGGAGGGAGGUGCUGAUGGCACCGGAGAACCUGGUGAGGCUGCAGAGGGAGACAUUUUUCCACCAGCAGCAGUGCCAGAGGACGACGAAGGAGAAAACUAGGCUGGAGGAGGAGAUCAAACAGCUGGAGAAACAGCUGGAGUACCACGAGCAAACGCUGGCUGACCUUGAAAAGAAACACGCAGCGUCAUUAAGGCAGAAAGCGCUCAUCCGUUUGGAGAAGGAUCGAACCUCGUGCACGAGGCGCUGUAAGGAAGUCAAGAAGGAGACCAGUGUGAAGCGCGACAGCGUCGACAAAACAUCAGCAAAGGACUCAAGAGCUCAGCAGACCAGGACUCAGCAGGUCAUGCCUCCACAGACCAAGACCCAACAGACGAAGUCUCAGCAGACGAAGCCUCAGCAGACAAAGACUCAACAGACAAAGACUCAGCAAACAAAGACUCAACAGGUGAAGCCUCAGCAGACGGAGCCUCAGCAGGUAAAGCUCCAACAGGUGAAGCCUCAGGAAGUAAAGCCUCAGCAGGCAAAGACUCAGCUGGUGAAACCUCAGCACAUGAAGCCUCAGCUGCUGCUGGCAGAGACUCAGCUGACAAAGCCUCAGCUGGCCAAACCUCCUCUGGCGAGGCCUCAUAUGGUGAAACCGCACAUGGUGAAACCUACGAUGGCGAAGCCACAAUUGGGGAAACCUCCAACAGCGAGACUUCAAAUUGCAAAGUCUCAAAUGGCGAAGCCUCUGCAGGUGACGCACCACGCGGCAAAGCUUCAGCAGGUGAAGCCACAGCAGGUGGUGAGCAGUUAGGAGUUGAAGGUUCAGCAGGCGAGGCCUCACCACACCUUCCUCAUGACCCAAAGACUCGCAGGUCAUCACAUCUACCCACUCCUCCACACCUUCAUCAUUCUUCACCAAGAUAAGCUGCUCCUCACGUCCACCAGUGAGGACACUGGGGACACUGUCGUCUCAGAUUAACAGAGAUGAUUCUGACGUCUUCUGACAAAAAGACUAAAUCCCGUUCUU